AUGGGCUGGCUCCCUUGGUCUUCCGGCGGCGACUCCAACAAAGCCUCUGACGGCGGCCGCAUCGCCCCGGACCGCACGAGUCGCGCGCGCUGCUGGGAGGGGAGAGAUGCUUUCUUCGCUUGCAUGGACCGCAAUGACAUUCUCGACGGAAUCAAAGAUGACAAGGCGGCGCGACAAAAAUGCGCGAAGGAAAUUGCGGAGUUUGAGGCGGCCUGUUCGUCGACUUGGGUGAAAUACUUCAAGGAAAAGCGCGUGAUGGAAUACAACCGGGACAAGACGAUCGAGCGGAUUAAGAAGGAAGAUGCGGAGAAGGUGAAGGAACUGAAGUCGCAGGGCUGGAAGUCUAGCUAG